GCUAAUACGUCCAAACUGCAUGGCUCUGGCUCAUCACCAAAACCCGAAAGGCCAAGUUCCACUCAGCUUUCUGCUGAGGAUAACGCUGAAACUGCAAAAGAAACAUGGGAUGGGAAAUCUGCAAGUACUAUUGGCUCUUCAAACGUUGGUGGCAAGAAUGUCCGAGAUCACCCAAAGAAGGUGCAAAAAAGUUGUUAUCAAGCUCCAGAGGAGAAUUGAUAAAGAAGGCCAGCAGAUUGUCCCUAUGCUGACAAAUCUGUGGAAGAGAAUUCAGAAUGGUUAUGCGGGUGGAGGAGUGAACAAUCUUUUGGAUUUACGAGAAAUCGAUCAACGGGUAAAAAGACUCGAGUACACGGGAGUUAUGGAACUCGCGUCUGAUGUUCAGUUUAUGCUCAAAGGUGCAAUGCAAUUCUUCGGGUUCUCGCACGAGGUGAGGUAUGAAGCAAGGAAGGUACAUAAUCUCUUCUUUGGUUUACUUAAGAUUGCGUUUCCACAUACAGACUUCAGGGAAACAAGAAACGCACUCUCCUCCUCCGGCCCAAUACCCUCUUUGGGUUCUGCGCCAUCCACGAGAUAAUCAGGUAGCAGCAGUCAAGGGAAGAGGCAAAAGCUGAUAAAUGAGGUGGAACCCGAGCCAAGCUCCUCCCCUCAAAGGCCUCAACAAAGGGAGAACGCAAGGAUCAGAGUGCAUAUACCACAGAAAGAAACAAGGCCUAGUACUGGUACUACAAGCCAACAACCAGAUGACUCUUCAUUGUUAGCUCACCCUGGUGAAUUGGUUAUCUGCAAAAAGAAGCAGAAAGACAGGGAAAAGUUUGUGAUGAGGACUAGGCCAGGUGGGUCAAGCACGGCUGCUCACAGAACAGCAACGCUGGUCAAACCAAGGGACUCAUCCAAACAACAGUGGGGAGCCGGAGGUGGUGAGACAGUUGGAUGGGCAAACCCGGUGAGGAGGUUGAGAACAGAUGCUGGUAAAAGGAGGCCCAGCCAUCUAUAGAGCUGUUUUUUUUUUCGUUUAUGCACUUGAGAGAUUUGCCUCCUCUCUGUGCAUAGAUGGCUGGAUUGCGCAUAUACGCAAAGGGAUGAUGACCAUAGUACUCAAGAAUAGUAGUGUAGGCCCUGUCACGGAUCACUCCUUUUGCACGCUGGUUCGUUGCCCCUUUGCUGAUAAAUACGGACAUUACAGGUUCUCAUAU